GCGCGCCGCCGCCACUCACGGAGGGGUAAAAGGAGGAGACCCUCACCUCCAUAUUCAUAGCACAAAGUCGCACACUCAAAGACUAAGUACUAGUAGCGACAGGGGGCGCAGCAGACGGUGUUUUCUGUCCGUCGUGUCCGUUUCCAGCUUUCUGCAAUUCGCUGUCUUUGUGCGUAAAAGCAGGACCGCAGGAUUCACCAUGAUGACCAGGCUCUGGGGUUUACACUGUGCCUGGCUUUGAGUCACUACUCUGGGUACGGAUUAACUGACUUCCAUGGCUCAGCACCAGGUCUCUGGAGGGAAGCCCUGCAUUUCUACCUGGAUUAAUGUUUCGACUGUGAGGAUACCUGCGCUUGGAUAGGAGACAGUAGUUGGAAAGCGCAGUGAAGUACCAAAUCUUUCACCGUUCCCGCAUCAUAGCCUACAGGGGUGAAAGUCUUUCCCCAACUGGAAUGAACCUCAGAUCCGCUGUCUGAGGGGGGCGCAGUUUUCCAGCAGGGGGUCUCCCUCAUUAAGAGCCAGAGAGGUCAGAUAGGAGGUCAGAGGUCAACUCACAUAGUCAAAGUUCAACACUAAGAAACUAGGAGCUAUGCAGGAAGCCUGUUUCUGGAUCACCAGAGUUUCUGUGCUGCUACUGCUGCUCUGCUCAGACCUCCUGGACAGCCAGCACGCAACAGACCACAGGAAGGUUCCUCAGAGGGCAGAGCCUCAGCAGGAGUUCAGGGCCGAGCAUGUAGAAGUUCAGGGCUCCUGGGGAACCUGGGGGUCCUGGUCAACCUGCUCCCGGACUUGUGGUAAAGGGGUACAGGAGCAGACCAGACCCUGUCUGCCUUUGUACACUCCAUCCCAAUACCCCUCCAGAGCAGUUGGCGUUCCACCUCAGCAACCAGGACAAGUAAUUUCAGCCCUGCGGCCUACCGUUCCUCUGCACCGCAACACAGCCAGACCCUCCAACAACAGCAGCCGUGGAGAGCAGAGGAGGGAGAAGGAGACCAGGCCUGGUGGACGCAGGAGAGUCUCCCAGGUUGUCCCAGGGAGGUAUGGCUAUGGGAGAGCCCCUUAUGUUGCGCCACUGCAGACGAAUAGAGGCCAAGGCUCUGAGACACCUCGACCCCACAGACAGAGACGCUCUGCCGCAGCUAAUUCCCACCACACUCCUGCUAGAGGCCACAGUGACCACAGGUCAAACAACCUGGACCCCUCCAGCAACCUCCAUCGCUACAGCAGGCCCUACACACACCCCAGAGCACAACAGCCCAGAAAUAAGCAAGUCUGGGCCCCCCUUUACCAGCCGAGUUCAAGCAACCAGGCUGAAGUCCAGCAGGAACUCCCAUCAGGUAGCCAAACUUCCAGCCUUCAGCAGCACCAAGAGAGACCUUACAACCCCCUGCCUUCUUCCUUCUGCACAGGAGAGCACGCUCACUACAGGAUCUGCAACAGUAAUGCCUGUCCUCCAUCCAGCAAACACAUCCGAGCUGUGCAGUGUUCUUCUUACAACAACCAGCCUUUCAUGGGCAGGCUGUACGAGUGGGAACCUUUCAAUGAGGUUCCUGGGGAGCAGCACUGUGAACUCAACUGCAGGGCCAUAGGGUUCAGGUUCUAUGUGCGACAGUCAGAGAGGGUGAUGGACGGAACGCCAUGUGGGCAGAAUGAGACUUUUCUCUGUGUGGCGGGAAACUGCACGAGUCUAGGCUGUGACGAGUAUCUCGGAUCCAGAAAGGUGAUGGACAAGUGCGGCGUGUGUGGAGGUGACAACACGACCUGCAGGCUGGUCUCCGGGGUGUUCAAACACAGUUUAACCAAGAUCGGCUACCACAAGAUAGUGGAGAUUCCAGAGGGAGCCACCAAGAUCAACGUGACGGAGAUGGUGAAGAGCAGAAACUAUUUAGCUCUGCGAAGCCGAUCGGGGCGAUCUAUCAUUAAUGGAAACUGGGCUAUUGACCGACCGGGGAAGUAUGAGGGUGGAGGGACCAUGUUCACCUACCGGCGACCCAAUGAAAUCAGUAGCACAGCUGGGGAAUCCUUUCUUGCUGAAGGACCCACAAAAGAGAUUUUGGACGUUUAUAUGAUCUUCCAGCAGCCAAACCCUGGUAUUCACUAUGAGUAUAUUCUGCCCUCUGAGAAACCAGUCGACCCUCAGCAACCAAACCACAGACCAGAAGGGAAUGCUGUGAACGGACAGGGUGGCUACGACCAACACAGCAACACUCAGCAGGAAAACUUCAACCCAGCCGGCGGAGGGAGGUAUCCUGCUCGUCUCCCUGACAACCAGGUACCCGUCAUACAGCCGCCCAGACGUGAGCGAGAGUACAACUGGAAACUGACUGGUACUACAGAGUGCAGUGCAUCCUGCGGUAAAGGUUUCAGAUAUUCUGUCUUCCACUGCGUCCACCGACUGAGCCUCGUCCAGGUAUCAGACACUUUGUGUGACAGCAGCAGUCGACCAACUCCUCAAGAAGAAGCCUGCAACCUGCAGCCCUGCCCAGCAUUCUGGGAUAUUGGAGAAUGGUCAGAAUGCAGUAAGACCUGUGGCCUGGGCAUGCAGCACCGACAGGUCCUGUGCCGCCAGGUUUACGCCAACCGCACCCUCAAUGUCCACAUGAGCCGCUGUCGUCACCUGGAGCGACCCGAAACCGCCAGUACCUGCCAGCUGAAGAUCUGCAGUGAGUGGCAGAUCCGCUCCGAGUGGACUACUUGCUCAGUGCCAUGCGGGCUGGGUCAGAGGUCACGAGAGGUCCGCUGUGUCAGCAACGUGGGCGACUUUGUUCCAGAUGAGGAGUGCAACAUGAAUCUGCGGCCCAUCGAUGUAGAGAACUGCGACAUGGGAGCCUGUGCCAAGAGCUGGUUCUACACGGAGUGGGGCAACAGGUGCUCUGCUGAAUGUGGCAUGGGUGUACGAAGCCGGGGAGUGCUCUGCCUGACCAACCACAUUAGCAGCCUCCCUCUGGAGGGAUGUGGCAGCGAGCGGCCUGCAGAGUCUCAGGUCUGCAACAACGGCCCCUGUGAGAAUCGCAUCGAGUGGUUCACAGGCCCCUGGAGCCAGUGCUCUGCAGAGUGUGGCGCCGGCAGCCAGCAGAGGUCAGUGGUGUGUUUGAUGAAGUCAGAUGAAGGAUUCACUGUCAUGCCACCGUAUGAGUGCUCAUCCCUGGACCGGCCUCUCAGCCAGCAGAGCUGUAACCUCAAGGCCUGUGGAGCAAAGUGGUACCAUACUGACUGGAGUGCCUGUUCAAAAACAUGUGAGGGAGGUUUCCGUGUGCGGGAGGUCCGCUGUCUGUCUGAUGACAUGCAGUCCAGUGAGGGCUGUGACGAGCAGCUCAGACCAGCAGAGAAGGAGGGCUGCAACCCGGAGCCCUGCAUACCUCACAUAGAUGAGAACUGCAGAGACAAAUACUUCAACUGCAACGUGGUGGUCCAGGCUCGCCUCUGCGUGUACGAUUACUACAAGACAACAUGCUGUGCUUCAUGUUCGAAAGUGGCCCACAAGCAGCCAGUUCAUCGGCGCCGCAGCUAGCACUCUCUACCAGGGUCCCUCAGCUCCACGUUGGGCCAGACUCAAUACCCACUGGAGGCACUCUGGUCGUGGGCCAGCUGGGAGGAAGAGACUGGCUGGACCUUGCCUAAAAUGGACACUUGUUUUGUUUGCCAAGAAUGGAAAUUGAAGAAGGAACAUUUUUGUUGGUUCAUUCGGAGGGGACUGUUGGGAGAAAAGAAUACCUAAGAAUAGUGGGUGACUGGAAUCCAGUCACAGGAUGAACGGAACUCUGCUGGGAUGAGAGAGAUCAGCAGCAAACUGUGGAAUCCAAAACGCUUUUUGGAUUUAAACCAUGUCUAAUUAAAAGAAUCCAUCUCCUUUGGAAGAUGACCUUCUUUGGAGCUGUUUGCAGCAACGUUUUUACCAGUAAUGGCUCUUAUGGAUUACUUAUGAAGAGGACAGCACCUGCAAACACUUUAAUGUGGAUUAUAUAUAGAAAAUAUACUGUAUGUUCUAAUAUGGUUCUUUCCAAUACUCAGAUUUAUGGCAUGAUGUCGAAAGUGAUGCUGUCUCACAUAUAAUCAACUCUUUCACAUCCACUGUUGACCAAAGAUAUAUAACCUCAUCAAAGUGACAACAGUGGCAGAAUGUCACCUUUUUCCUAAGAAACGUAUUCUGUGUGUCAAACCCUUCAUGGUGAUGAUUCUCACAUACACAGUCAGAAUUCACAAAAAUCACAGAAUAUGAAUUCUUGGUGUCCGGGAUGAGGUCUGUCUGGCAAACCACCUUCUUUCCUUCCUGUACAGUCAUGAGGUGUAAAAGCAGCCCAUGUAAUAUGUAUGUAUAUAUGUAUGUAUGACAGAGAGAAUGAUAAAGGCUGUUUUUAGGGUUUCUCACACAGCCUCUCCUCCUAGCAACUGAAGAGAAAAAGGCUCGCUUUUUAUUUAUUUGUGUGGCUCCCCAGGGAGGACGCUGCUUUAUCAGCCACCGGUGGCCCCUUCUUGGCUGUGGGGAUAAAACCUUUGCUGCCUCUUAAGCCAAUCAUAGCCUCCGAACUGAAUGUAGGCAUUCCACAGCCUGCUGGAUGGCAGAAGCAGAUGGUCAGAAACCCUGAUGCAUUUUGAAGAGUUGAACAAACUGUACAUAUGUUAUUUUUUUCCUGUGGGAUAUUGUCAUUCCACAAUUGUACAAUUCCUGAAAUCUAUUGAAAUAUCCGUAAAAUGUUAUUAAUAUUUGAGUGUAAAGAUUGAUGAUUACAGUAUUUUGCAGCUCUUGAUUUGGUGUGGUAUACAUGAGGUUUACAUUCACAGUAAAUCCUUGUUUACGACCCAUUUUCUGCCAUAACACUGCUGUUUUUUUUAAUUCCAUGCAAAACUGCACACAGUACCUCUCCAUUGUUUAGCUUUUGUUAUAAUAUCGCUUUCAUCAAUUCCCUCCAAGGACUAUAAAUGUACCUCUGAUCCAUCAGUACUGUAUAUGUAUCAAUGUUUAAGUUCCCAGUCAGUCUGGUAUAUAAUUAAUUCCAUUUCUAAGAGAAACAAUCAUUUUGAAUGUGCCAACAUGGUGCCGUAUUUUUUUUUUUUUUUUUUUUUUUAAAUGCAAUAAUGAAGAGUGGAACUCAAAUUGCAGUAUUCUUUAGGACUCAGUAUAUGACUGCAAGUAAUAAACCAUGUGUAUUUACUAUAUUUUAGAUUGCAGGUGUUGAGCAGUUGAUUUUCAUGAGGAGUGUUUGUGAGAUUUCCUGAAAUAAACAAAAUUACUAAUUAUUUGUACACUUAA